AUGAGUGACCCCACGAUAGAGAGUCCAAGUCGUGAAAAUGACCGGCGAAUACUGAUCAUGUUAACUGUCUUCAUCUGUCUUAUUGCCGUUGUCAUUUUGGUUAUUGCUGCUAUAAUGUUGUCAUUGAUAAUAUCUCGAAAUAAUGAUGUUGAUGAUGAUGCUAAAGGAUCAAAACUUGACGCCGCGGUGCAGGGUAAGCAAACGUUACAACUUUUAAAAAAGUCGGCUGUCUACUCGUAACACCCUCAACUAGCGAUUAAAGGCUUCUAAACUUGCCCUGUCAUAUCUCGGUUUAGUCCGCUCUUAGAACUUUAUUUUCAAGAGCCCGCGCACUUGUUUCGCAGUAGGUAUCUCAGGUAGGGUAAGUUUAAAAGACAAAUUUGUUUCCCGGGGAAUUUUACAUUUUGUUUCAGUAUUUUUGCAUUUCUGAUUCGGCAGGGGCACAAAACGACUGUUUCCUGUAAAAUAUCUGUUCGCAGAAGCAAAUAUUGCCUAGAAUAUUCUAUUGCUUGAAUACGGCUAAAAAUUUCUAGAAGAGCGCUCCAUUCAGGUACGAUUUUGGAAACUUAUCUAAAAAAUUCCCUACUAUUUUCUGAAGUGUAAUUUUUCAUCUUUUACUCCUUACGUUAGGCUAAUUUUCGUACAAAUAGAAAAACCGAAAAUUUUCGGAUUCAAAAAUGAGAUGAAAAGAAGAACAAGAAAAAUUCUCACCGAGUUCGUUCAACUGCAUCUAAAAUUUUCGGAAAAAUAACAGUGAAGCCCUUGUAAUUUCGAAAAGCCUUCAGUUUCCCUAGGAUGACCGAACAGAUGCAACUUUUAUAGUGCUGCUUAGAAUACAUUUCUAGAGAUCUAAAAGUACUCUGGAUAGCAUAAAAAGACUUUUCAAUGCGUUUAGGAGGAAACCGUCGUUGGGUCCCCUGAUUCGGGGGCACACAGUCAGCGACUUUUUUUCUGUAAAAGAACUAUUCGAAGGGGCAAACUAUUGGAGACAAAUAAACUAACUUCCGAGUUAGGAUUUCGAGUUAGAUUUCGAGCUGGAUUUUCGAGAUAGGAAUUUGAGUUGGAUUUUCGAGUUAGGAUUUCGAUUUGAAUUUUCGAGUUGGAUUUUCGAGAGAGGAUUUCGAGUUGGAUUUCGAGUAAGGAUGUAGAGUUGUUGUUUUUUUUUUUCGAGAUGGUUACUAGUAAUCCAGCUGCAAUGAAUCGGCUAGUUUGUCCGUAAACCGUCUCGUAGAUGUCCAGUGCAAUGCAGUCAACAAAAGAAUUCCUGUAGGGGUGGGGUUGGUAUUUUGCCUUUUUAUUCUGCGACAUCAUUAUAUAAAGUAUACAUGAAGGAAGAGGUAAGACAUUGAGUCAUACAUAACGUCAUUUCCAAAAAUACGAUAACCGGACGUACUCUAGAAUAUGAUUUUUCUUGUCAUAUCUAUUCCGGUGGAACAAAUUUAGAAAUCGCGUUAAGAAUUAGACACAACAAAAGGCAAAUAUAUAAAUCCUAUAAUUCCAUUAUAUUUUGAAUACCAACAAAUGGCUCAAAUGCUGCUUUACAGACCUUUCCUAGCUUCUUCCCUUGGCGGACACCAAGCAUAUAUUCAUAGAAAUAUUUGUUCAUUUAUUUAUUUAUUUAUUUAUUUAUUUAUUUAUGGGGCAUCGAAUUUUGCAUCUGGCAAAGAGCACGGGUGGUUCACGUGAUGCGCGCGCGCUUCGCGCUCGACGAGAUUAUAAACUCGCUUCGCAAGAAUUAUCGUCCAUCUCCCUAAACAUCCAAGGAAGCUUUUCUUUUUCUCUUCUUUUAUUUUUCUAUAUAUGUUUAUGUUUAAUUAUCAACUAUAUAAUGAUACCCUAAAACUUAAAAUCAGUUUAAAAUUUGAACAUAACUGCUUGCGCUUCCAAUUAAACCACAACAUAUCAGGCACGAUAUCUAGCGAUGCACGAUUCAAUUCAAAAAUAUUUUUUCAAUCUUUUUCAGAUAUAGACGAGUGUGAAACCAGCAUCCAUUCAUGUGAUGUCAAUGCGUUUUGUAACAAUACCAUUGGAUCUUAUAUUUGCACUUGUAAUCCUGGGUACUUUGGAAAUGGAAAAUCGUGUCUUGGUAAAACCUUAAACUAAUCGUCUUGCAGAGUUCAUCACACUAUGCAGUGCCAGUCCCUUUUUCCUGUUGCCUUUAUUAGCUUUGAUUCUGAUAUCCAGCAAACCCCUUUAAUUCUCUGCUUGCAGCUAAAAUGUUUUUGCGUACCUCUGAUCUCGAGUUGUCGCCUCCGCAGUUGAUUUCAGCAGGUGGUGGAUGUGCGUUCUCUUUUUUCCACAAAGUAGUUUUGGGUUUUCGUAUCCGACAGUGUCGUACUUAGUUGUCUUAGUUGCUUUCGAGGUUUGUGUUUCACCAUAGGGCGUUUUGUAAUUAGGAGCGGUCUUGUAAACUUACGGUAAUUUUGCAAUAAACUGGUUUUGAGGUCCUUGCUGACCCAGAGGCCCCCGCAUUUAUUCUUGGUUGGGUGUCUUUCUGGGUAGUGUAGGCAAAAUGCAACAUUUGUUUGGAUUUGUUUUUUUUUUCUUUUUAUCUUCAUACAUUCUCUCCCUUCAGAUAUUAACGAGUGUACCACUAAUGUCCAUAAUUGUGAUGCAAAUGCUUUCUGUGAUAACACUGAUGGAUCUUACACCUGCGCAUGCAGCCCUGGAUAUACUGGAAAUGGAACAUCCUGCGCUGGUAAAUUAUCAACGCAUUUGCAUUUUUAAGCGACCAUAUAUUAUUGCUAUUAAAACUGGGGGGAGCGGGGGUAGGACAGGGCGGGGGGGGGGCGGUGUAAAUUACGUCUCUGCUCCGUUAUAAGCAAUAUUUGUUUGGGUUUGUUUUGAUUUGUCUUAACAUCUAAGGUUGCUGAACACAAUUUCUCUAAAUCGGAUUUAUCCCUUUACUGUGUAUUUUAACAACUUUAUCAUUACAUAAAGAAAAAGAGGGAGGAAAGGCUGAUAAAAAGUUUAACAGAAAAUAAUGUUUUUGUCGCCUUUGACAUAUCACGUGACCUCAGCGCGGGCCUGUUGAACUAGAGCUGAACAUGCGUACUUUCGUAAGCAACGUAAAUAAACUACAAUAUCUUUAAAUCUACUCAUUAAAAUGUGACGAAAUUUGACAGAAAUCCUGUUCAUGUCACGCUCAAGCCAAUAAAAGCGUCAAAAUAUCUUUUCAACAAAGGAGUUUUGUGACAAAAUCAAGAUUUCCAUAAAGGCUAUUUUCUUGAAGAUUUUAAAAAACUGUUCGUUACAAUUUUGGUCAAGUGGUUUCUAAAAGAUGAGGGCUACUAAUCGAAAGCUGUGUUCAAUUUUCUAAGAAAAUCCAAUGACUGAAUUUUGCUUAAACCCAAUAAAUUGAAAUUUUUUGGCUUGUUGUCAAACUUCCAUGUUGCCAUGGCAACAAUCCAAGUCUCACUUUUAACUUAAUAAAUGUCAUGUCUGAUAAAUAUAGAUUGUUUGAUGUGCUGAAUCAAAAUGUUAGCGUUAUACCCGCAAUGAGUCUUAAAUAAAACCCCAAUAAUUGGUUAUGAUCCACAACCUAUCAAACUGUGUUCAGGCACCUUAAUUCUCUCCUUUCAGAUAUUAACGAGUGUACAGCCAAAGGCCAUAACUGUGAUGCCAAUGCUUUCUGCAAUAACACUCAGGGGUCUUAUAACUGCACGUGCAGCCCUGGAUACACUGGAAAUGGAACAUCAUGCAUCGGUAAAUCAUCGUGCCUAAUGCAUGUAAAAUUAUUUUAGCGAGGUGCAAGAAACAAGCAGUACCCCAUAAAUGCAUUAAGUAAUUCUCCAAACAUAUCUCUCAGCGUACUUAUGGAAGCCCAUCUGAUAAAGUACAAGCUAUUUCUUGGAAAACGCACCCUGUUGUUUGAAUCUUAUAAGCGGCCACCUCCCGUAUGAGACCACUUACACUUGCAUCUUGUUUGGUCGCUUAGAAUACGAGAAGCUUGACUGUAUGUUAAGAAGUCCGAAAGAGAAGAACCCCAUACAUAGAAACGUUCCUUAUCCAAGGCUUAUUAUUUCAUUCAUAGACAUCGUUCUGCUGAAAAUACCUUCCUUUUAGAUAUAACAAGUGCAUACUGGAAAUGAAACAGCAUGCACCGGUAUAUCAAAAAUCGUUUCUGCUGCAGUAUUGGAAUUAUGUUUCGUUGAUCCGGUUUGCCCGCAUCAUCUUAAAUACUUUCUUAAUACUUCUUUCCUUUCAGAUAUUAACGAGUGUACCACUAACAUCCAUAACUGUGAUGCCAAUGCUUUCUGCAAUAACACUCAGGGGUCUUAUAACUGCACAUGUAGCCCUGGAUACACUGGAAAUGGAACAUCAUGCAUCGGUAAAUCAUCCUGCCUAAUGUAUGAAAAAUUAUUUUAGUUAGGUCCAAGAAAGAAGCAGUACCCCAUAAAUUAAUUAAGUAAUUCUCCAAACAUAUCUCUCUUAAACUGUGUUCAGGCACCUUAAUUCUCUCCUUUCAGAUAUUAACGAGUGCACAGCCAACGUCCAUAACUGUGAUGCCAAUGCUUUCUGUAAUAACACUGAGGGAUCUUAUAAAUGCACGUGUAGCCCUGGGUACGAUGGAAAUGGAAUUUCUUGCACCGGUAAAUUAUCAUGACCAAUACAUUUUUUUUUUUAAAAAAGCAAUGUAUGUAUUUUAACUCUUUGAUUUUUUUUAUUUCAUUUCAUUUCAAGUUUCGUUUUUCUUUUUAUGUUUUGCUUUUGUUUUUGUUUUUGCUUUUUUGGGGUGGGGGAGCUUAAAAUCGUUUGAGCUGCAGUAUUUGAAUUAUGUUUCGUCAAGAGCCAUUAUGGCUCUUGGUUUCGUUGAUCUGUUUUGCCCGCAUCAUCUUUAAUACUUUCUUAAUAAUUCUUUCCUUUCAGAUAUUAACGAGUGUACCACUAACGUCCAUAACUGUGAUGCCAAUGCUUUCUGCAAUAACACUCAGGGGUCUUAUAACUGCACAUGCAGCCCUGGAUACACUGGAAAUGGAACAUCAUGCAUCGGUAAAUCAUCCUGCCUAAUGCAUGUAAAAUUAUUUUAGCGAGGUGCAAGAAAGAAGCAGUACCCCAUAAAUGCAUUAAGUAAUUCUCCAAACCUAUCUUCCUCAAACUGUGUUCAGGCAACUUUAAUUCUCUCUUUUCAGAUAUUAACGAAUGUACAGCCAAAGUCCAUAACUGUGAUGCCAAUGCUUUCUGCAAUAACACUCAGGGGUCUUAUAACUGCACAUGCAGCCCUGGAUACACUGGAAAUGGAACAUCAUGCAUCGGUAAAUCAUCGUGCCUAAUGCAUGUAAAAUUAUUUUAGCGAGGUGCAAGAAACAAGCAGUACCCCAUAAAUGCAUUAAGUAAUUCUCCAAACAUAUCUCUCAGCGUACUUAUGGAAGCCCAUCUGAUAAAGUACAAGCUAUUUCUUGGAAAACGCACCCUGUUGUUUGAAUCUUAUAAGCGGCCACCUCCCGUAUGAGACCACUUACACUUGCAUCUUGUUUGGUCGCUUAGAAUACGAGAAGCUUGACUGUAUGUUAAGAAGUCCGAAAGAGAAGAACCCCAUACAUAGAAACGUUCCUUAUCCAAGGCUUAUUAUUUCAUUCAUAGACAUCGUUCUGCUGAAAAUACCUUCCUUUUAGAUAUAACAAGUGCAUACUGGAAAUGAAACAGCAUGCACCGGUAUAUCAAAAAUCGUUUCUGCUGCAGUAUUGGAAUUAUGUUUCGUUGAUCCGGUUUGCCCGCAUCAUCUUAAAUACUUUCUUAAUACUUCUUUCCUUUCAGAUAUUAACGAGUGUACCACUAACAUCCAUAACUGUGAUGCCAAUGCUUUCUGCAAUAACACUCAGGGUCUUAUAACUGCACAUGUAGCCCUGGAUACACUGGAAAUGGAACAUCAUGCAUCGGUAAAUCAUCCUGCCUAAUGUAUGAAAAAAUUAUUUUAGUUAGGUCCAAGAAAGAAGCAGUACCCCAUAAAUUUAUUAAGUAAUUCUCCAAACAUAUCUCUCUUAAACUGUGUUCAGGCACCUUAAUUCUCUCCUUUCAGAUAUUAACGAGUGCACAGCCAACGUCCAUAACUGUGAUGCCAAUGCUUUCUGUAAUAACACUGAGGGAUCUUAUAAAUGCACGUGUAGCCCUGGGUACGAUGGAAAUGGAAUUUCUUGCACCGGUAAAUUAUCAUGACCAAUACAUUUUUUUUUUAAAAAAGCAAUGUAUGUAUUUUAACUCUUUGAUUUUUUUUAUUUCAUUUCAUUUCAAGUUUCGUUUUUCUUUUUAUGUUUUGCUUUUGUUUUUGUUUUUGCUUUUUUGGGGGGUGGGGGAGCUUAAAAUCGUUUGAGCUGCAGUAUUUGAAUUAUGUUUCGUCAAGAGCCAUUAUGGCUCUUGGUUUCGUUGAUCUGUUUUGCCCGCAUCAUCUUUAAUACUUUCUUAAUAAUUCUUUCCUUUCAGAUAUUAACGAGUGUACCACUAACGUCCAUAACUGUGAUGCCAAUGCUUUCUGCAAUAACACUCAGGGGUCUUAUAACUGCACAUGCAGCCCUGGAUACACUGGAAAUGGAACAUCAUGCAUCGGUAAAUCAUCCUGCCUAAUGCAUGUAAAAUUAUUUUAGCGAGGUGCAAGAAAGAAGCAGUACCCCAUAAAUGCAUUAAGUAAUUCUCCAAACCUAUCUUCCUCAAACUGUGUUCAGGCAACUUUAAUUCUCUCUUUUCAGAUAUUAACGAAUGUACAGCCAAAGUCCAUAACUGUGAUGCCAAUGCUUUCUGCAAUAACACUCAGGGGUCUUACAACUGCACAUGUAGCCCUGGAUAUACUGGAAAUGGAACAUCAUGCAUCGGUAAAUCAUCAUGCCUAAUGCAUGUAAAAUUAUUUUAAGCGAGGUCCAAGAAACAAGCAGUACCCCAUAAAUGCAUUAAGUAAUUCUCCAAACAUAUCUCUCAGCGUACUUAUGGAAGCCCAUCUGAUAAAGUACAAUCUAUUUCUUGGAAAAGGCAGCCUGUUGUUUGAAUCUUAUAAGCGGCCACCUCCCGUAUGAGACCACUUACACUUGCAUCUUGUUUGGUCGCUUAGAAUACGAGAAGCUUGACUGUAUGUUAAGAAGUCCGAAAGAGAAGAACCCCAUACAUAGAAACGUUCCUUAUCCAAGGCUUAUUAUUUCAUUCACAGACAUCGUUCUGCUGAAAAUACCUUCCUUUUAGAUAUAACAAGUGCAUACUGGAAAUGAAACAGCAUGCACCGGUAUAUCAAAAAUCGUUUCUGCUGCAGUAUUGGAAUUAUGUUUCGUUGAUCCGGUUUGCCCGCAUCAUCUUAAAUACUUUCUUAAUACUUCUUUCCUUUCAGAUAUUAACGAGUGUACCACUAACAUCCAUAACUGUGAUGCCAAUGCUUUCUGCAAUAACACUCAGGGGUCUUAUAACUGCACAUGCAGCCCUGGAUACACUGGAAAUGGAACAUCAUGCAUCGGUAAAUUAUCCUGCCUAAUGUAUUUAAAAUUAUUUUAG